AUGACAUCCUUUGAGGAGCGUCACUAUUACAUUUCUACCACAGAGCAAGAGAUUGAAACUCAUUUUGGUGCCAUUGGUAUAAUAAAGAAAGAUAAGCGUACUAUGAAACCAAAGAUUUGGUUAUAUAAGAAUAAAGAAACUGGCGCCUCCAAGGGAGAAGCCACUGUCACAUAUGAUGAUACUAAUGCCGCACAAUCGGCCAUUGAGUGGUUCGAUGGACGUGAAUUUAAUGGAUGCAGCAUUAAGGUCUCCUUGGCCCAACGACAAAAUAAUUGGAAUAAAGGAGGCGGUGGUCGUGGUGGCGGCUUCGGUGGUCGUAGCCGUGGUGGAGGCGGCGGUGGAGGUGGAGGCGGUGGCGGUGGCAAUCGCUUUGAUCGCGGCGGCGGUGGUGGUGGCGGCGGCGGCGGCCGUUUUGACCGUGGUGGCGGCGGCGGAGGAGGAGGCGGCGGCGGAGGCGGCGGUGGCGGCGGAGGCGGCGGUGGCGGCGGAGGCGGCGGUGGCGGCGGCGGUAAUUUCCAGCCACGUGAUGGUGAUUGGAAAUGCAACAGCUGCAACAACACCAAUUACGCCUGGCGUAACGAGUGUAAUCGUUGCAAAACUCCCAGAAGCGGCGAUGAAGGUGGCAGCAGCGGCGGCGGCGGAGGCGGCUAUGGCGGAGUCGGCGGCGGUGGCAGUUUCGGUGGCAUGAAUGACCGCGGAAACGAUCGUUCUGGUGGCGGAGGAUUCCAAAGCAGAGAUCGUAACUCAGGUGGAGGCGGCGGCGGUGGCUACUCCCGCUACGGAAAUAAUAGCGGAGGUGGCGGCGGCGGUGGUGGUCGUGGCCGCGGAGGUGGUGGAGGCGGAGGAGGUGGUGGUGGUGGCCGUCGCGAUGGCGGUGGCUCCAUGCGUUCCCGACCAUAUUAAAG